GUAGGUUUUGUCAAGUUUUUAAGGUUAUACGGAAUCAAAGAAUCAGAUUGUUUAUUUAUGAAAAUCGGGAACAUAGAAUUUUGAAACGUCAGUCUCAGGGAACAGAUAAUUUUGUUGACAUUUUCUUUGAAAAAUUUUGGAUUAUUUUUAUUUGCAUUCAUUAAGUAAUCAAGAUAUUCCCCCAAUUAAUCGAAUUGUUCACCAGAAAGGAUAUAAAGUGCCUUCUCGAAAAAUAAGAAUUAACUUUUAAAAUACAAUUGAACAGAAAAUUAAAGGUCAGAAGACUGGGGGACUUUUAAAAAUCUAGGAUCAAACUGCAAGAGAUUUUGUCAGUGUAAAACCAAGAGUAUGUCUAAAAAUAUUAAAGUUAAAUCUGUGUUAGACAGUUCAUUAGUGGAAGAUAUACCAUUAAUUGAGGUAUUUGUUGACUUUGUGACAGAUCCAAGAAACAUUUCUAAAGUUGUUUUAGAAUUGAACGCCCGAUGUCCAACACCGGAAUUAAACCAUUUAAAGCGUGUAAAGGCCAGGCAAGUCCUGCUUUUUCCCUCUGCAGAUAUAAAAGAUGAGGAGGUCUUCUCUAUAUUGAAGGAUAAAGGAUUUCCAGUGGAUUUAUUGAAAAAUGAAGUCCACAGAGUUAAGGUGGCAGCUUCUCCACCUUUAGUAAGGCAACAGUAUGUGAAAUGUCACUCUGCUUGGCCUUGUAAUUUUCAUGCUGACAAAUAUUUAGAGAAACUUCACACAAACACCUUGUUCCAAGGUGAGGAACUCAAACAGAUAUCGAUUUUUAUGGACAUUGCUGAAGAGGUUGGACAUUAUUUCUGCAGUUCCUCUGGAGUAGUUAUUGUGGAUCCUAAGAUCAAUUCUGUUGUAGCAGUUGGUUUUAACGAAAGACCUGAAUUGACUAUAAGACACUCAAUAAUGGUAGCUAUAGAUAACGUUGCCAAAACACAAAUGGGUGGAGCUUGGAGUACAGCAGACAACUCAUGUGACCCAAAAAAUGAAAAUGUGAACCUAAAUGGUAUACCCGAAAAUAUUCUGGUGAAACUGAAAGAAAAAUAUUGUAGUGUUAAUUUUGGUGCUUCCGUUUUCACUCCGAAAAAUGGUGAUCCUGAAGGACCUUAUUUGUGCACUGGUUAUGAUGUGUUUACUAUUCAUGAACCGUGUGUUAUGUGUGCCAUGGCCUUAAUACACAGUCGUGCAAAGCGCGUUUUCUACAGGAUGCCUAGUGUGAAUGGAGCUUUAGGAAGUUUGUGUAAGAUUCACACGGUUAAAGAAUUGAAUCAUCAUUACGAAGUUUUCAUUGUCGAAGAGGAGAACAUUAAUUCGAGUUCUUGAGGGUGUCCUGGCUGAGCCAGAAUAUAAAAUGAAACUCACAAAAUGGAGAAUUUUCAUGAUAUAACUCACUGCCUCUAGAGAAUAUACCUAAUAUAAGUUUUAAGGCAAUUCGGACUGGAUAUUCAGAAACUUGGCUACUAACAAACAUAAUCGUAAUAUUUUUAUUAUUACUCAAGCGCUGCAUAGUUUUGGACGCAGCGUUGUGUCUUUCCAUGAUUUUACAAUGAAAAAAUGAAAAAGACAAUAGUUUCAGUUUUUAUGAAGAUAACGUUGGGUUGAUUCUUGACAUGAAAAAGUGCUCAUAGUAUAUUAUUGAUGAAGGAGAAAAAUCCUUCAAUCUGACAGUCUGUCUCACCUUAAAAAUGGUAGAUAUAUGCAAAAUUAUAGGAAAAAGAUUAAAUAUAAAGCAUUUUAAACUCUGAGAAAUACGAUUGAUGUUUAAUCAAGACAUUGACCAAAAUAGAAGUUUCAUUGAAAGGAAGCAACAUUAUAAGAAAGAGAAAUAAUAUAUUGAGACAAAGCGAAUUUGAGAUUAUUUCUAUAAUA